UAUUAAAAUAGACAUUUAACAUUACUGAAACUACGGGGUCUUCAAGUUUUCAAUUCGCACUCACAAAACGUUAAAUACACACAAAUUAACAUACUAAUUAGACAAAAACAAUGAAAAACUAUCGAAGCAUAAAGUUAAAUAUGAGAAAAAAGUAAAAUACGCAUAAAAAUUAAAGCGAACAUCAACGAAUUGGCCCUAUGAAAUCAUUGCUAAAUUAAAGGAAUCAAAAAAAAAGUCAAAGAAGAAAAUCGAAAAGAAGAGAGUGAGCGAGAAAGAGAAGAAAUUUGCUAUGUCAUAGCAAGUGAAGUUUUUGUUGGUGAGAGAGAAUAAAACAGUGUGGUGGCUAAUGCAGAUUCCACAGAUUCGAGACUGCUGCUGCUGUCACGAAUAUCAAAAGAAAAAAAAUACCCCAAUAUAAAAGAAUUGUAGAAUUGUGUUAAUUUUUUGCAUUGUAGCAAGUGGUCUCAGACGAAAUUUGCAAAAAGGUGUUUGCCAAAAGUUGUCGCCUGCAUUAUUAGAGUGCGUGAAAAGUGAAAAAUGAAAUAAAUGUGUUUUAAAUCAUUCGGGGAUAGGCAGAAAAUUUAUAAAUUGUAAACAGCUGACGAUAACGGUGCGACGGAGACGACGUCGACGCUGCUGCACACCAACAGUACUCCUCGGCUGCACGACGCCCACCGCAGCAGGCCACCAGUCAGUCAAUGUUGUAUGAGAGUGAAUCAUUUUUUGCUUCUCGAGAUUUUCUUUCGUUUUGUGCUACUACUACACCACACUACACAGUUGGAUUGGAUAUUGUUUGAAGAAGAAAAACAGAGAAAUAAGAAAAUGUUGCUGUUCCAUCAUUUAAAGUGCAGUUAUUUUUCUGUGUAAUGGUCGGUGGUGGACACUGAACUUCUUUGGCGGUGUCGUGUGUGGUUGGUCCAAUAUACAAGUGUUGUAUGGUUCGUUAUGUGCAGCAGCAACAAUCGGCCAGCAACAACAACAUCAUCAUAUUUAGACAGAAAAAAUUAACUUCGAUUGGAGACUAAAGAUAUCUUGCAUGCAUCGCCUCCAUCCAUCCAUUCCGGGCUGCACCUUACAUACAAGAAGAAGAAGAAGAACAACAGUAUAGGGUUGUGUGUGGAAGCAAUAGAAACAACAUUUGUCCAACCAGCAGCAACAGAGAAGACGUCAAACCGACCGACCGACGACCACCGAACGAUCGAGACUGCCAACAGACCCAUAGACAACCUGCAUCGCGAAAAUUUUCAUGGUGUCACGGUGAAAGUAAGCGGAAAGAAAGAAGUAAAACACCACAACAUCACGAUACCAAAAAUAUUCCAAUUUUUUACUUCUAUGUGGAAACGCCUGCUGCCCCUGUGUGUUGUGUGUAGUGCAUAGAUAGCUAGCUGCUGCCUGCCGGAGCUACAUAACGAACAAGCCAAGUAUAAGAAGCAAGCAAGGAGGUGAGGAGAAGCAGCAAUAUUGUUGCUAGUGUGGAAGGAGGUGGAGGAGGCUAAACCGUAAAAACAACAAGAAAAAGAAAAACACUACACUCCUCUGACUUCAUAGUCGGCUGCCGUGAAUUGCUUGCUUGCCGACUGCCUGCUGUUGUUUGCACACUGCUGCUACCGCCGCCGCCACCAUCAUCACUAGUCACAACUGGUCUCUUCUCUUUGGGGCCAGCCCUGAGACGUCGCAGUCCAUCUGCCAACGUCGCUGCCACAGAGUUGAAUUGAAAAAUUUUUGUCUAUUUGUGUGCCGUUGUGUUGUGAACGACAAAAAUAUUACACAAAAUCUCAUCGCACAAUGGACGAGACUCAAGAAAUACGUCAGGCCCGCUAUCGCGCUUCCGUAAAAUGGUUACUCUCGAAAGCUUACAACAAUCGUGUGCCGGAUAAUCUUAAGGAGCCAUUUUAUCGUGAUCAUGAAAAUCAAGAGCGAUUAAAACCGAAAAUAGUGGUCGACUUGGCAAAUGCUACACUCUAUUGUCAGACCCUGUCGAAUUUAUAUUCAGAUCCAAAUUACCAAAGCCUUAAUCAUUGGUCCAUACUGCAGACCUUGGCUCGCAAAGGUGUUCCAGUCAAUGAAACAAAGGAUAUGCCUUUAACGGAGACGGUGUUAAUACAAACGAAUCCUCUAAGGAUAGUGGCCCAUAUAGCCGUCAUCGAAUCUUUAAUGAUGUUGUAUGCCAAGGAAAUGACAUCAAAUGAACGUGUUAAUAAUGCCAUUAAACGUAUAUCGGGCAAUGCAAAUCAACAAUUGCCCAGUGGUAAUGUGGAACAAACUAUACUCUCUUGGGUCUCGCAUACGUGUGCGGCCCUUAAGAAACGCAUUGAGAGAGAUGUGCAAGCUUCCUUGGAUGAGGAUAAUGGUAAACGUUUACAAACGUUGGACAUACCUCCAGUACGAGACUUUCAGGAUCUUUGCGAUGGCAUUUGUUUAGCACUUUUAAUUUCAUACUACUGUCCCAAAGUAUUGCAAUGGACAGAAGUGCGCAUAAACUAUUUGCCAGCUGUUGAAGAUUCUAUACACAAUGUUUUGCUAGUUAGCAAUUUUUCCCAGAAAUAUCUGCCAUACAAUGUGUUCCAUAUGCUUCCCGAAGAUGUCACCUAUAUGAGAGGGUCAAUGAAACUAAAUCUGUUGAUACUUUUAUCCGAUUUAUUCAACCUUUUCGAAAUUCAUCCAGCCAAUUGUGUUAGUUAUCCCGGCAUGGAUUCAGUGGAGAUCAUCGCCAAACAAAAUGCAGGUGCCAAUGAACAUGGAAUAUAUCAUCGUCGUGGUUUAACCAUGCCCACAGUGAUACCAAUACCAGAUCUAAGAAGCGAAUUAGAUCAAGCGUCUAGCUCGCCAACAACACGACCUCAGUUUCAAGUAACUUUUACAAAUACGGCGAGUGGCUUUUCGCAUAAAUCAGCAGCAUCCAUCCACCACCUCCAAAAACAACAACAACUACAACAAACACCAUCACAACUCGAUUCUCAUAUUAUGGCCAAUAAUACUCAUUUCGACAAUGAAGCAUUUGUUGUGCACAAAUCACGUGGUGUAACCACACUCUCUACCAUGCAUAUGCAACAACAGGAUCCCCUAAUGCCCGCCCGUUUAAGACAAGCAAAAGAGAAGUCGAAUACCGAAACCAAGGCAGAUGAAAGAGGUGAUAAUGUACCAGCCGGUCGCCCUAGCAAUUGGGACCAACAUCGAAGGCCCAGCUAUGCAGGACGUCGCUCACGCCGCAAUUCCUCUAGCGAAGACUCUCAGCUGACAAUUGAGAACUUUGGUGGAUCUCAAGAUCAACUGAAUGCCAUUGAUCGUUUCGAUCGAGGGGAUCGGGAACGUAAACUCUCCAAUACAACAAUAGAACAUGUCGUUCCUGUCCGUUCUUCCAUAGCUGAUGCUCGUGGAACUCUACAAUUGGGUUAUGACACUGAUUCUGGUUCUGAAAAACAAGAUCACGACACAGAAAAGCAGCAGCCACUCAAAAGACAACCAAGUUGCGACAAUGUCAGUCUUGCUGCCAUAACCCAACCAAAAAAUAAUGGAACUUUAACACAUGCCAACAGUUCGGCUGGUGUUCAGCCAAAGCAACAUUCAAAUAGUCCCGAAAUGACCGAUGAUCCAAGAGAACGUGAUCCCAAUGCAACACUAACACGAAAAUCCUCAAAUGCCAGCAUGAAUAUCAAGCCUCCAAAUUGGGCAAAUAACAUGGGAGGAGGAGGAGAUCCCUACAUCGAUGAUGAUACACGAUCACAGGAAAGUGCUUAUAAACUCUCUAAUAUACGCAUGAAAUUGGAGGAGCGAAGACGCAUGAUUGAACAAGACAAAAGAAGAAUUGAAAUGGCUUUGAAUAGAUAUCAGGAAAAGUUGAACCAGGACGAUUUAAUGGCUGAAGACUACAUGAAAUGGGAAACAAUGAGCAAUGAUUCGAAACGUACUUCUGAUAUUGAUCCCAACGAAUUGGAUAAGUAUCAGCAAAGCAUCGCUAUUAUGAAUAUGAACCUACAAGAUAUCCAACAGGAUAUACAAAGACUUGCUACCCAACAAAAUCAGAUACAGGCCCAACAAAUGCAAGCCCAACAGCUCCUGCAGGCCCAACAGAUUGCGAAUAUGUUGAAUCAGCAACAUCAGAACUUUGGUUCACAACAGCAUUUAGCCGAUCCGUAUCCAACCAGACCUCUGCAACAGCAACAAAAUUUUGGUUCCUCGCCACAUUUGCCGCAGUCAUUCAAUGCAGGAGGCAUCAAUCCCUAUGGGUCCCGUCCACCCAGCAGGGAUCCCUAUCAGCAGAUGCAAACAAUGCCAGUGCAGUAUAUGAACGAUGCAACACCCCCCUACAAUCUGUAUAGUCAACAACCAUCGAUGGUGCCACAGUCCCAAUACAAUGCCAUGCAUUCGCAUUACAGCGACAGCAAUGCAGUGCCUUACAACAACUCCAGCAAUCACAACUUUGUUGGAGGUGGUGGGGGUCAGCCCUAUAAUAAUCAAGGGCCCCAAACACAAUCGCACCAUCCGCCACCCCCAUCUCACCAGCAACCAUACAUUCCGCGACAAAGUAUUUACGAUGAUUAUCCUCCGCCCCAGUCAAUGCAUGGUCGUGAGCCAAAUAUGUCACCACAGCCGAAUAACUAUUAUGGGCAUGAGCCUCCACCGCCGCAGCAGCAGCAACAGGUCUAUCCACCCACGCAAAGGCGAACUUGGGCCCAGCCCUCCUUCGAUCCCAUGCAAAUGGUGGACGUCAAUGCCUGGCAGAGACGAUCACAAAAAUCCGAGGAUGGUGGUCCCAGCUGGGGCAGUCCUCAACAGGACAACCAUAUGCCGCUGCAACACCGUUCCUCGAUUCAUCAGAAUGGUGAUGGUGGCCAACACAUGCAGCAAAUGUAUCCUGUUCACUCAUCUCCGGUUCACAGCCAGCGUAUGUCCAAUAAUGGGGUACAAAGGCAGCAAUCGAUGACCAACCUUAGGGAGGCAAGAUCGCCAAAUGUUAUGCCAAAGGCUUCGUCGGCCCCCACGCCACCCGAGGAUGUCAUGGCACCGCAGAGUAUUUGCUUUAUUGGUGAUGAGGAUGAUAUUGAUGAGAUCGAGCGCAAUGUCAUUGAGAAAAUGCAGUCCACUGGCCUAUCGGAAUACAGUUUUCCCAUACAUCACAGCAAUGCGCAACAACAACACUACCAACGCGAUGAGCGCGACAACAUUUAUGACGAUUACGGUGGUGGUGGCGGUGGUCAGCCCCACGAUAUGAUGUCCCAAAAACUAAAUAUAACUAGUGGAAAUUUGACCUAUAGAAUUCCUUCACCACAACGUCCACAACUCCAUCCACAUAGCUUCCAGGAUCCUCGUUCUGCUGAAAAGAAUAACAGCGUUGAAAAGGGCUUCUACAUAUCUUUCGAUGAUGAUCAGCCAAAAAAACCCAAACCACCUCUACGUUCCAAACGUUCGCCCAAAAAAGAGAAGAGCUUAGACAGUGUAGAUCACCAAAUACAACAUAGUGCCGACUCCAGCUCGAAUGACUAUGGAGAUAAGGAAGUAGUCGAACCGAAAUUUAGGCCAAAAGUUCAUCAGUUGAACUAUAGCGAUAGUGGCAGUCCAAAAUCCACUUCAAUGGAUAUCAAUAAGGCCACCUACAACAAGUACACCGACAGUCCCAUACAACUAAGUCAGGUUAUGUCCGCCGGUGAUAACAAAAACUUUUCAAAUAUAUCGUCGUCGCACAAUAACCAACCACAAACUCCUCCGCCUUCGAUAGCUUCCACAUCGCCUACACAUGUAAGCAGCAGUAGUACUCCAUUAGGGAAUAAUAGGGAUAGCACGAAAAGCAAAGCUUUGGUAAUAGGCACAGAUACAACCAAUUUAGAUCCGGACUCUGUGGAUGAAAUGGAAAGGCGUAAGGAAAAAAUAAUGCUUAUGUCUUUGCAACGUCGCCAACAGCAAGAGGAGGCCAAGGAACGCAAAGAGCAGGAGGCUGCCCGAAAACGAGAACUUGAACGUGAAAAGGAGGAAGAGAAACAACGCAAGAAGGAAGAACAAAUGGCUCGAAGAGCAGCAAUUUUGGAACAACAUCGCCUUAAAAAGGCUUUAGAAGAAGCGGAACGAGAGGGUAAAACUAUCGAUCGCAAUGAUAUGCCUCUUAAACCCAGUACUCAAUCGAAUACAAUGUCAAGGACACGCCAAAAAAGUACUCGUCCUCGACCCAAAACCAUACAUGUGGAUGAUGGUUCUGUAGAUAUCAGUGAGGCAUCCAGUAUCUCUAGUCGUGGUAAAAAGGGCUCAAGUUCGAAUAUAACAGGUUAUGGCCUAAGUUCAAACUCUAUGAGACGAGAUUAUUACCGAGGCUCUCAAGAUUCCCUUACUGUGAAAGAAUCGCCGGAUGAAUACCCGAGUACUAGUUCAACACCGAUUGGACGCCGGGGAUCUUAUAAGUUAUCCAAAGAACCAAAUGUCGAACGAGGCCGCACUCUAUCACGUAUAUCUGUAGCCAAAGGAAGUACUCUAAAUUUCCGUGGGCGAAAAUCAAAUUCGCUUAUGAACCUGUGCGAAACAGAUUCUGGCAUAGGAAGAGCCACGCCACCACGUCGAGCACCCUCGCCCGGUAUGGCUACACUGAAUAGACAUAUGCCUUCACCUUCGGGACCCGGCUCAUUGCCACCGGGUUUGAUAUCGAAACGACGUGGCAUGGAUGAUGGAUCAAGCGAUAUGUCUUCGACAGGCAAUUUAAUGAUGGACUAUUCGGGACCGAAGUUGUAUAAACAACCUGCUGCCAAAUCGAAUCGUGGCAUCAUUUUAAAUGCCGUAGAAUAUUGUGUGUUCCCUGGAGCUGUUAAUCGUGAUGCCAAACAAAAAGUUCUUGAAAAGAUUGCGCGUUCAGAAGCCAAACAUUUCCUGAUAUUAUUCCGUGAUGCGGGUUGCCAAUUUCGAGCGCUAUACAGUUAUACACCCGAAUCGGAGCAGGUGGUUAAAUUGUAUGGCACCGGACCUAGUCAAGUGGACGAAGUUAUGUUUGAUAAAUUUUUCAAAUAUAACUCUGGAGGCAAAUGUUUCUCCCAAGUCCAUACGAAACAUUUAACUGUCACCAUAGAUGCUUUUACAAUACACAAUUCCCUGUGGCAGGGUAAAAAAGUGAAUUUACCCAGUAAAAAAGACAUGGCUUUAGUCAUCUAAAUUUUCUUCUAAGAAAACGAAACAAUGUUUCGUAGACUAGAACUCAUAAAAACAAAACCUUA